AUGGUGGACAACGUCGCUCCAAACGGAGCUUCUUAUCAAAACAAUAACAUUGGCAAUGAAAUGGCCGCUGAUGACAUAAGCGAGCAGGCGUCAUCGCCCGGGGUGUAUCGCGGGUUCGAAUCCGGAGCGCAGCAGUCGGUGAGAAAUCUGGCCAGAUCGCUCACCAACCGCAGUGGCGACGCAGUAUCGAUGGCUGCGGACUGGAACACCAUCAACCCGGUGUUUUCUACCGUAGAAUCGCCCUCCUACGACCCAAGACUGGAUCCCAACUCGGACGAGUUCUCGUCGUCGCUCUGGGUGCAAAAUCUCAGCCAGUUGGUGAGCAGCAAUCCAGACCACUACAAACCCUACUCGCUCGGGUGCAGCUGGAGAAACCUGCGUGCGUACGGAAACUCCACGGACGUGGCCUAUCAGUCGACCGUGGUAAACUUACCUCUUCAGUUGGUGGAAUAUGUCUAUCGUGCUGCGCGCAAGGCGCGUCCCGAAGACACUUUCGACAUUUUGAAGCCUAUGGAUGGGAUGGUAAAGCCCGGCGAGCUUUUGGUGGUCCUCGGUAGACCAGGUUCUGGUUGCUCGACGCUUUUGAAGUCCAUCUCUUCCAACACUCACGGUUUCCACAUCGACAAAGAGUCCGAAAUUUCAUAUGACGGCCUAUCGCCAAAGGAAAUCUCUCGCCACUACCGUGGUGAAGUUGUGUACAACGCUGAGGCGGAUGUACACUUCCCUCAUUUGAGCGUGUUCGACACGCUGAAGACCGUGGCUCGUCUGGCUUGCCCCACCAAUAGAAUCCAAGGGGUAGACCGUGAAACAUUUGCAACCCACAUCACGGAGGUGGCGAUGGCCACUUACGGUCUGUCUCACACUCGUAACACCAAAGUUGGUAACGAGCUGGUUAGAGGUGUUUCUGGUGGUGAACGUAAGAGAGUUUCCAUCGCAGAGGUGUCCAUCUGUGGUUCCAAGUUCCAGUGUUGGGAUAAUGCCACGCGUGGGUUGGAUUCCGCCACAGCUUUGGAGUUCAUCAGGGCAUUGCGCACUCAGGCCAAAAUGACCCGCAGCUCUGCAGUCAUUGCCAUAUACCAGUGUUCUCAAGACGCCUACGAUCUUUUUGAUAAAGUCUCAGUUCUACACGAAGGUUACCAAAUCUAUUUCGGCCGGGCCAAAGAGGCAAAACAGUAUUUCCAAGAUAUGGGAUACGUAUGCCCUGAUAGACAAACAACUGCAGACUUCCUCACUGCGGUUACCAACCCUGCGGAAAGAAUCCUCAAUGAGGAUAUGGUGAAAGCCGGAAAGAAGAUCCCUCUAACUGCAGCGGAGAUGGAGGCCCACUGGAAGCAAUCUGAGGCUUACAAGGGCCUGUUACAAGAGAUUGACUAUUAUUCCACACACGAUCAAGCCAACAAUAGACAGCAGCUCAAGGAAGCUCAUGUUGCAAAACAAUCAAAGAAGGCUAGGGCCCAAUCUCCUUACACUGUUAGCUAUGGCCUUCAAGUGAAAUACUUGCUGAUCAGAAACAUGCAAAGAAUUCGCAACAACAUGGGAAUUACAUUAUUUCAAGUCAUUGGUAAUGGUGGUAUGUCGUUUAUUUUGGGUUCUAUGUUUUACAAGGCCUUGAAACACGAUGACACUGCAGGCUUUUACUCGAGAGCUGGUGCUCUGUUUUUUGCAGUGCUUUUCAAUGCUUUCUCUUGUAUGUUGGAAAUUUUAGCCCUUUACGAAGCUAGACCUAUCUCAGAGAAGCACAAACGUUACUCGCUUUACCACCCCUCUGCUGACGCCAUGGCAUCUGUUAUCUCUGAAAUUCCUGCCAAACUUCUCACAUCCCUCACGUUCAACCUUGCGAUGUACUUUUUGUGCAAUUUCAAGAGGGAGGCGGGUGCUUUCUUCUUUUAUUUUCUGAUGACGAUGGUAGGAACUUUCGCAAUGUCCCACAUCUUCAGAUGUCUGGGUGCGUCUACGAAAACAUACGCUGAAUCCAUGGUACCGGCAUCGCUCUUAUUGUUGGCUCUAGCAAUCUAUACUGGUUUCGCAAUCCCUAAGACAAAAAUAUUGGGAUGGGCUAAGUGGAUUUGGUAUAUUAAUCCCCUGUCCUACAUUUUUGAGUCUUUAAUGGUAAACGAAUUCCACGGUCGUCAAUUUAAAUGCUCCCAAUUUGUACCCGCGGGGCCUGGCUAUGAGAAUGUAAGCGGCACACAGCGGGUGUGUUCUGCGGUGGGUGCUUUGCCUGGAGAAGAUUAUGUCAGCGGUGAACGUUACAUUAAUGUGGCUUACAAUUACUAUCACUCCCACAAAUGGCGUGGGUUAGGUAUCGGUUUGGCUUAUGCCAUUUUCUUCCUCGGUGUUUAUUUGGCCGUCACUGAGCUAAACGAAAGUGCUAAGCAGCGUGGUGAAAUUCUUGUUUUCCCUCAAGCGGUGAUGAGACGUAUGAAAAAGCAGAGGAAACUCAGAGCAGGGACAAAUGCAAAUGGAUCAGAUAUCGAAAAUACAGCUGGUGUUGCCACUCUCAACGAAAAGAAAAUGUUAGAAGAAAGUAGUAACUCUGUCGCUUCGUCAUCUUCGAUGGGAGAUGUUAAGCUUUCCAGUUCGGAAGCUACCUUCCACUGGAAGAAUGUUUGUUUCGAAGUUCCCAUCAAGAAAGAAACAAGAAGAAUUUUGGACAACGUGGACGGUUGGGUCAAGCCUGGAACUUUGACGGCAUUGAUGGGCGCCUCCGGUGCCGGUAAAACCACUCUUCUGGAUUGUUUAGCCUCAAGAGUGACGACAGGUACUAUCACUGGUGACAUGUUCAUUAACGGGUUUUUGCGUGAUGCUUCUUUUGCGAGAUCGAUCGGGUACUGUCAGCAACAAGAUCUACAUUUACAGACUGCUACUGUGAGAGAAUCCUUGAGGUUUUCUGCCUAUUUACGCCAACCUUCUUCUGUGUCUAAAUCUGAAAAGGAGAAAUAUGUCGAAGAUGUUAUCAAGAUUUUGGAGAUGGAGACUUAUGCUGACGCUGUUGUGGGUGUCGCUGGUGAAGGUUUGAAUGUUGAACAGCGUAAGAGAUUGACAAUUGGUGUCGAACUUGCUGCCAAACCUAAAUUGUUGUUAUUUUUGGAUGAGCCCACGUCUGGUUUAGAUUCUCAGACCGCUUGGUCCAUUUGCCAAUUGAUGAGAAAGCUGGCUAACCACGGGCAGGCAAUUCUAUGCACCAUUCACCAACCCUCAGCUCUGCUGAUGCAAGAAUUUGACAGAUUGCUAUUUUUGCAGCGUGGUGGUAAAACUGUUUACUUCGGCGAUUUGGGCAAAGGUUGCCAAACCAUGAUUGAUUACUUUGAAAAGAAUGGCGCUCAUCCUUGCCCGGCUGGUGCUAACCCAGCUGAAUGGAUGUUAGAGGUUAUCGGCGCCGCCCCAGGUUCUCAUGCCAACCAAAACUAUAGUGAAGUCUGGAGGAACUCUUCCGAAUAUAAAGCUGUUCAAGAAGAAUUGGAAUGGAUGGAAAAGGAACUUCCCAAGAGACCAUUUGAUAACUCUAGUGAGCAAACUGAAUUUGCCACUUCCCUUGUUUAUCAGUAUACGCUGGUAACGAAACGGUUAGUCGAGCAAUACUGGAGAACUCCCUCUUAUUUGUGGUCUAAGAUCGGACUGACCAUCAUUUCUCAAAUUUUCAUUGGGUUUACCUUCUUCAAGGCUGACAAUUCGAUGCAAGGGUUACAAAACCAAAUGUUGUCCAUUUUCAUGUUUUCCGUUAUCUUCAACCCAACGUUGCAGCAAUACUUGCCUACGUUUGUGGCACAGAGAGACUUAUAUGAAGCUAGAGAACGUCCUUCCAGAACUUUCUCCUGGGUAGCCUUUAUUCUUUCUCAAAUCACUGUUGAGAUCCCAUGGAACAUAAUUGCGGGUACUAUUGGCUUUCUGGUGUACUACUACCCAGUUGGAUUGUAUUCAACUGCAUCUAAAGCUGGCCAGCUGCACGAAAGGGGGGCAUUGUUUUGGUUAUAUGCGACGGCAUAUUAUGUUUUUACCGGUUCGAUGGCUCAACUCUGUAUUGCGGGCCAAGAAGUCGCGGAACCUGCUGGCCAAAUGGCGUCCUUAUUGUUCACCCUCUCCCUUUCGUUCUGUGGUGUUUUGGUUGGUCCUUCCAGUAUGCCUGGAUUUUGGAAAUUCAUGUACCGUGUUUCUCCAUUGACUUAUUUCGUGGACGGUACCUUGUCAACUGGUAUCGCCAAUGGAAAGGUCCAGUGCUCGGAUUACGAAUUGGUUAAGUUCAAGCCUGCCAACGGUAUGACUUGUGGCGAGUACAUGGAGCCUUACAUCAAAUUGGUAGGUACUGGUUACCUGUCUGAUCCUAGUGCCACAGACGAAUGCAGGUUCUGCUCAGUAUCAACCACCAACGACUAUCUAAGUGCCGUCAGCUCCAGCUAUUCUCGUAGGUGGAGAAACUACGGCAUUUUCUUGGUUUACAUUUUCUUUAACUUUGCAAUGGCGGUAUUUAUUUACUGGUUGGCGAGAGUUCCUAAGAAGAGAAAUAGAGUUGCCGAUGAAAGGAAGACCGAAGCUCAAAAGCUUGUCGAAAAAUGA